CCAAAAAUGACUCAGUUGUUAUUUAUACUGUCUUGAAGAGCACCAGAGAACUAUCGUGUAUCGGCUGCAAAGAGUCCAAAGUGUCUGGGGUGGAGGUCUCGCUCGCGGUGGGCUCUUCCCGGAAGGAGCGGAGGAUGGACCCUAUGGGAUGGUCUCGCUCACUACGGUUUGAGCAGUGAACGGUGUAUGUGAGGUAUAAUGAACCAGCAUCUCUGUUUUUCCGUCCACUAGAACCGAGAACGGCUCUACUUACAGUGAAAACGGGCUUUCAUAGCUUUCCAGAUGCUGAAGAGCUAAAAAUUCCAUGCAGCCUGAAAUCGCCUCACGCCCAGCUGAGCUCCCAGCAUGUCUCGUGUCUCCUCUACGGCGAAGCGCUAUACUGGCUCUUCUUAUACCAGUCACUACAGCUCAUAUGGCUCCUCCCUGACUCCAUCGCUGGGCUCCUAUGAUCGGGAAAAGCUGCCCUAUAAGAGCUCCUCCUCAGGCUAUUCCUCAAGCUACCUGAGCUCAAGCGCCAGCCGCUCAAGCAACUACAGCUCUUCGUCCGAGCUGGACCGGGGUCGGCCUAUCCCUCGCACUGAUUUGCUGGGUGGCCGGCGCAGCGAGAGCCUGAGCCGCACACCGGCAAAGGGCUACGGCUCGGGCCUCAAUGGAGGCUCGGGAUACAGCAGCUACAGCUACUCUCCGGCCCCCACCAGCUACCUCUCCACCUCAUCUGUGUCCUCCAGCAUCUCCCUCAGUCGCAGGAAAUCAGUGAGUCAGAGUGAUUUGACGCACAGUCUAUCAGCUCUGGGCCUGAGCGAUACAUCCAGCGGCAGUGGCCUGAAGAAGUCCUACCAGAGCCGUGGCACUGACGUUUCUGACACUUACGGCCAGCUACGCUCCAGCUAUGGCUUCUCACGGAGCUCCACACCGGACAGUCUUGGAAGCAGCAGUCUGAAGAGCAACAGCAGCCGAUUCUCCUCCAGCUGUCGCUCCACCUCACCAGUCAGAGAGUCUGUGAACUCAAAGAGUGCCCAGGGCCUGGUGGGUCUUCGUAAUCUGGGAAAUACAUGUUUUAUGAACUCCAUCCUCCAGUGUCUUAGCAACACACAGAGCCUGCGAGACUACUGUCUUCACAACUCCCACCGCAGAGACCUCAACAACAACAGCCGCACAAACACUGCUCUCAUGGAAGAGUUUGCCAAGCUGAUCCAGACAAUGUGGACUUCUUCAAGCAGUGAAGCUGUCAGCCCCUCUGAGUUCAAAACACAGAUUCAGAGAUACGCACCCAGAUUUGUGGGUUACAAUCAACAGGAUGCUCAGGAGUUUCUACGUUUCCUGCUGGACGGCCUGCACAACGAAGUGAACAGGGUCACAGUCCGGCCUCGGGGAAACAUGCAAGACUUUGAUCACUUGCCUGAUGAGGAAAAAGGGAAAAAGAUGUGGGCUAAGUACUUAGAGAGAGAAGACAGCAAAAUCGUUGAUCUGUUUGUAGGCCAGCUGAAGAGCUCUUUGACCUGCAGUGAAUGUGGCUAUUGUUCCACUGUGUUCGAUCCCUUCUGGGAUCUUUCCUUGCCUAUCGCCAAGAAGGGCUAUGGAGAGGUGAGCCUAAUGGACUGCAUGCGGUUGUUUACUAAAGAAGAUGUGCUGGAUGGGGACGAGAAGCCGACAUGUUACAGGUGCAAAGCCAGAAGACGAUGUACAAAGAAAUUCACAGUUCAGAAGUUUCCUAAAAUACUAGUUCUUCAUCUGAAGCGCUUCUCGGAAGCCCGCAUCAGAACCAGCAAACUGUCCACUUUUGUCAACUUCCCAAUGAAAGACCUGGACCUCAGGGAGUUCGCCUCUGACAGAAGCAGUAGUGCAGUAUAUAACUUGUAUGCAGUGUCCAAUCACUCAGGCACAACUAUGGGAGGCCACUACACAGCGUACUGUUGCAAUCCUAAAAAUGGGGAAUGGUACACAUAUAACGACUCUAGAGUCACGCCAAUGUCCGCCAGCCAAGUUCGCAGUAGUGACGCCUAUGUGUUGUUCUAUGAGCGAGCGGGACUCUGAAGACGGACUGUGGACAGAGAUAAAAUGCAGGACUCAAAGCCUUUGGGCUGAAGACACAUUACGCACUAUGCUGCUCACUCUGGGCCGUAAUGCAGGAUGAACAUCUCUCUCUGCUGGCCACCGGGAGAAGUGCACACAAUGCCCUCUCACACUCCACUGUGUUAAAGAGGUCCUCUGCCUCUGUGUGUGCGUUCGUCAUCAGAUACUAACCCAAGUGGCUCCGUCUCAGAUGGCUGUCUAUGCACUUGCAACCAAACUCUCAUCACAAUGCGCCUUCCUCUUGAUCAAGAAUGCCUCAAUAUUAAAAUCUUUUUCACUUGAUUUUUGUUUUGGAUCUUCUUCAUGUUUUUUAAGUAUAUGUCCUGAUGAUGAACUGGUUUGAGGUGCCCCCUAGCGGGCUGUUGAGGAGUUCAACAGUACACUUUGUUAUUGUCAUUACCUCUUCCACCAACUUUCAUCCCAUUCACCUUCCUCCACUCAUCAUUUCCGUGCAUGCUUUGUUCUCUCCUCCACUUCCUUCUCAACUUCCUGAGGGAGUCACAGGCGUUUGUUGUGAAAGUCUGUGGUGGUAAGAGAACGGCGUGUGGCGUUACUUUUAUUCAGUGUGGCUGCUACUGAUCUUUGAAAUGCUGUGAAUGGAAAGGUGGUCGGAAGGAUGCGAGGACGGGAGGAGAGCUGAUGCUGACUGUGUGUGGAUUCUUGAUCUCAUGCCAUUGAACAAUAUGAAAGAAUGUUUUGCAAAAGAAAUAUAUUUUUAUAUAUGAUGCAAUAUAGAGAAUGUACUAUAUACAGUGGUGCUGAAAAUGACCCCUUACUGUUGUCAGCUAAUUUAACAGAGGUAAGAAAAUGGCAUUUAUUUAUGCUUACAGGUCAGGAGACAAUGUGAUACGAGUCGCACAGUUGCAAAGUGAAAAUAUAUACGCAUGUUACAGUCCUCUCAUGAGUUUGUGUUUUGACUUUGUUUUUCAAUUCAUAAGACCAGCGGCAUAUGAAAGAAAAGAUUAUAAAAUAAUAAGGCUUGAAAAAUGUUUAUUUGCUAUUAAAUAUUACAUAAAAACGG